CUUUUGAGGGAGUCCAUUGGCCACUCUCUGGCAUCUCCCCCUCCCAGCCACCCUUUGCAUUUGUCUUCAGGCGCCUGGACUGGAAGAGGUCCAAAGGGGCGGCAGCUGGCAACUUUCCUCUAACUCGGGCGGGGAGGGCAUUGGAGCCUCUCUCUCCCUUUCCUGGUUUUUCUGACGCUCCUUGGGAUCCUUGCCCCUGAAGCCAAGAAAGACAAGAGAUCCCACCUCGACUGUUGAAAACAGACUCCUAUUUAGAUACUAGAAGGAACUUCCCGACGAGAAACAGAGCAGAGCGAUACAUUCUCAAGUUACCCCACAACCAAGUGCAAUGAAGACUUUGUUGAAAUGUUUCUGGAGCCUCCACUUUCCUCGCACAUUCCUUCACCAUUCCAGGAGAUCCCAGGCCUCUCUAGUCAUACCAGACUUCGAAGAUAUAAGUCGGGGCAAACAGGAAGUGCCGGAGUAUUUCAAUUUUGCAAGUGAUGUUCUGGACCAGUGGACGCAAGUGGAAAAGGCUGGCAAGAGGCCUCCAAACCCAGCUUUCUGGUGGGUGAGUGACCAGAAGGAAGAGGCAAAGUGGAGUUUUGAGGAACUGGGACUCCUGACCCGAAAGGCAGCCAAUGUCCUUACAGGACCGUGUGGCUUGCAAAGAGGUGACAAAAUCAUGGCGGUUCUGCCACGGAUCCCAGAGUGGUGGUUACUGAAUGUGGCCUGUAUGCGAACAGGUGUUGUUUUCAUUCCGGGAACAUCCCAACUAACAGCAAAGGACAUUUCCUAUAGACUCCAGGCCUCCAAAGCCAAAUGCAUUGCGGUCGAUGAUACAUUGGCCCCUGCUGUGGAUUCCGUUGCGUCUGAUUGCAAGUUUCUGAAAACCAAACUCAUUGUCUCUGAACGUGGCAGGGAUGGAUGGAUGAACUUCAAGGACCUGUUCCAAGCAGCGCCUGACAAGCACGACUGUGUGAAGACAAAGAAUCGGGACCCAUCCCUCAUAUAUUUCACAAGCGGAAGCACAGGAUCACCCAAAAUGGUGGAACAGUCCCACUGCUUUGGGAUUGGAUUUGCAUCCAGUGGCAGGCACUGGAUGAAUCUGGGUACUUCCGAUGUAUUUUGGAAUACAUCAGACACCGGGUGGGUGAAGUCAGCCUGGAGCAGCCUUUUUUCUCCGUGGCUCAAUGGAUCGUGUGUGUUUGUACAUCACCUGCCACGGUUUGAGCCUGCUGUCAUAGCAAAUACGCUCGCCAAAUACCCAGUCACUACUUUCUGCACGGCUCCCACUGCAUACCGGAUGUUGGUUCAACAUGAUCUCAGCAGGUAUAAAUUCAUGAGCCUGAAGCACUGCGUGACUGGAGGGGAACCCCUCAUCCCUGAAGUGUUUGAGCAGUGGAGAAAACAAACAGGGCUGGAUAUCUAUGAAGGAUACGGACAAACGGAAACAGUUGUCAUAUGUGCUAAUGUAAAAGGAAUGAAAAUUAAAGUGGGAUCAAUGGGAAAAGGAUCUCCACCAUAUGAUGUCCAGGUUGUGGAUGACCAAGGUAAUAUUCAGCCUCCAGGAAAAGAAGGGGAAGUUGCCAUUAAAAUUAAACCGAAGCGGCCCUUUUGUAUUUUCUCACAGUACUUGGAUAACCCUGAGAAAACUGCAGCCACUGAGCGCGGGGAUUUUUAUACCACUGGAGACAGAGCGAUUAAAGAUGAAGAGGGCUAUUUUUGGUUUGUUGGGCGGUCGGAUGAUGUCAUUAACUCUGCCGGGUACCGCAUUGGCCCCUUUGAGGUAGAAAGCGCUUUGACCGAACAUCCAGCAGUGGCUGAAUCGGCUGUCGUCAGCAGCCCAGAUCCCAUUCGAGGGGAGGUGGUGAAAGCCUUUGUCAUCUUGUCACCAGCUUUUUUGUCCCAUGAUCCAGAAAAAUUAACCAAGGAACUCCAAGAUCAUGUCAAAAAGGUUACUGCUCCCUACAAAUAUCCCAGGAAGGUUGAGUUUGUGCAAGAGCUGCCAAAAACCGCUGCUGGAAAAAUUCAAAGGAGUGUAUUAAGAAAACGAGAAUGGGGUCAAGUUUAGUUUGAACAAACAUUUGCUACAGGAAUGACUUUCUAACAAUGGCCAUUUAAUUUGAAUGCACCACACAAAAGUUCAAAUGGUCAAGCAAAUAGAAACUAACCACAGCUGAAUUCCUCUCUGGAUUUUGGAAACGGGAGCCUCUGAAAUACUCCACUGAUCUAUUUUUAACAUUUCUAAGUACUUUGGGGUGUGCGUACAGCUUGUCACAACUUGCAUGUCUUUAUUUCUUUCAUGGUUUCCACCUCUUCCUAAACAACCAUAGUGUCAGAUGCAGAAUCCUUUUUCUGUCUCCGAAAUAAGUUCACAUGAAGCAGAAAAAGCUUUAUUAAAGACGAAUGGAUUACUA